CCCAGGGCCGCCCUGAGGGGCCGAGCCGUGAGGGGCCACGCCGCGUCCGGAGCCCGGGGAGGAUCGGGCGGCGUGUCGCAGCCGUGUCCCGGUUAAACCCAGAAGGGCGGGGGAAGCUCAGUCGCUCCCGCCUCGGCAUGAAGCUCGGACCGCCCCGCUGCCGCCAUGCAACCACUCAGCGCCGCGAUCCCCCCUGCCUCCAUUUUCUCUGGGCUCCCCCCGCAGGCAGGCGCCCUCAGCCCGCCCUUCCCUGCGGCCCGAGCGGGCCGGCCCGGCGGGAAGGGCUCGGGACGGGUGCUGGGCAGCGGGGCCCCGGCUGGCGAGGCGCAGAGCCCGCUCCGCCGUGAGGGGCAGGACCCGGCGGCCCUCAGACAUCUUCGUUUCGGUUCCCCCUUCGCCGGCGACACGGGCGUGUUCGCUUGGAGGGCCUGUGCGUGGAAACACAAACUGGAAGAGUUGGCGGCUCUCCUCUCCCGUUAUCACCAGGGGUUUUUUAAAACUCUUGGGCUCUCUGGAAGCAGCGCUGAAGGGGCGCGGUGGGCGCACAGCUCCGUGUGCUCGCAUGUCCCUCCGGGGGUUCCUCGGCUCCUCCGCGGCCCCGGAUUAAUGCUUGUGCCGCUCCUGGAUGUGUUCCCACCCCGUCCUCCGCUGUCCCGUUCAAUGCGCAGGAGCGGUGGCUGUGUAAAAUGGCGAGACUGUCUGCGUGGUGCUGUGUGCAGGCACCGCCUGCUCCCCCCCGAGGCUCCCGUCCUUGCAUCUAAAAAAAAUUCCCCUAAAUGUAACAUCCACAGCGUCUCGGUCUGUCCUUUCCGUCCCGAGUAACCGAGCACGUAACAUUCCGGCCCCCGAAGUGUAUUCCAAAGACAAGGUUGCUGAAAUCAUACAACCCCUUUUAAGAAACCCAUACCGAUUGUUUAAAAGUACUUGCAUUGCACCCGUGUCACGAUUACACAUGAGUUUAUCGGUACUCUUGAACACUACGGUUUUUUAUUUUAAAAAAUCAUUAUUUUAAAAUAACUUUUUAGAAAAAGCGUUGCCCCGUGUCACGAUUUUAACACGAGAGCGUAUCACUACACCAGGUGGGGUUUUUUUAGUUUUUAUUACUGCUGGUGAAGAGGACAGUGAAUCCUGGGAUUUAAAACUUUCCCCGGGUGCGAUGGUGGAUUUUAAUUCCCGCAGCCAGCGCCGCGGCCGGCAGUCGGGAGCAGAGGGAUAACCGGGGAUGUACCUCUGUAAAAAAAAACAAAAACCAAAAAAAAAAAAAAAAAAAAAAAAAAAAAAAAAAAAAAAAUCCCGAGGUGUCUGCAGGGAGUGGCACGGGCAUAUUUUAGCACUGCGGUUUGUCACGCUGCUCAGGAGCACCCGGGGAUCGUCCUGAUUAAUCCGGCGGGUUUGGACUGAGCGCUGUCUGACGCAGACACAGAGACAAAGCCUGUCAGACAGAGCCGGAGAAAAGCUGCUCGUGUUACUGACUUUGCAUCACCUCGAGUCUGAGUUUUUCCCCAUAUAUUGAAAAAGGCCGAGGGGAGCCUAGAUAUAUAUUUAUUUUAUAUGUAUAAAAACUAAAUGCCAAUCAGAAUACCUCAAUCCCGGGUUUACCGUUUAUUAAACUGUUUUGGGAGAUUCUGCAAGGCCUAGUGCUCAGGGACGAGGUUGCUGCUUCAUACAGAAAAGAGACAUUGAAAACAAUCAAAUGAACAAAAAAAACAAACUAAAAAACCAAACCAACAACAACAAAAAAGAACCAAACCAACAAGAAAAAAAAGGAAGGUGCCUUCCCUCCGUGUGUGGAGUGUCUCGGAGCAACCCGAGCAGCAGCUCAGUCGCCGGCAGCCAGCAGCGCUGUGCUGCUGCCCGCCUGUCCUAAGCUGGGUUCUGCAACACAGGUUUUUCCAAAGGAAGUGAGUCCUGGAAAAUGCAUCACUAAAGCUAAGUGCUAAAGAAUCUGACCCAGGAGGAUUGCUCUGUGUAGCAAAAAGGAGUUGGGUCUUCAGCCAGAUCCUACUGGGACUGUAAAUGCCUCGGUUCUUACCAGAUACUACAGUAAGAACUCUCUGCCUGCUUCACAGUCACAGCAAGAGGACUGCACAAAACCAUAACCCAGCACUACAUCAGGUUCAAAGUGUUUCUUCUGUCAUCACAUGCAUCUGCCCUCGGAUAUCAGAAAACCACAGAGAAUUACAGCAGUGAGGAAAUAUUCAAAGGUCAUCCCAGGAUCAGUCUGAGUGACAGAUGAAUGUGAGAAAGCUUGGAUGGGCUGCAGCAGUGGCAGACAAAGAAACAUGACUGUGAUGGUCUUUGACCAAAAUUAAUUGUCCAAAGCCCUUUAGCAUGGAAAAAACAUCACUGGACAAUGACACAAUAGGAAUUAGUGGAGUGAAGAAGCUGAAGAGGGAGUGAUUGUUCACUGUUUCCUGCAGUAUGAGAAGUAGAGGACAUCAAAUAGAGUUUAAAUUACUCAAUACUUGGAAAAUAUCUCUGGUCCCUGAGCAGAGGUGUUUGGAGGCUGGAUGAGACAAUACCAGAGUACUGAUCUUAAACACUUGGUCUUUGUAUGGCAGCUGUUCCCACUGUUAUUUUCCCCUCAUCAGGAAAUAAAUACCCGAAUGCCCUCCUUCUCUGCCCCAUGAGGAAGCUGACAAAGAGCUGCUCUGAAGAGGAGGAGGUGAGGCUGCAGACAGGAGGAAUACCAAGAAUGGGAAAAGGGGACGACUGCCUCCAGAAUUCUGGAGGAACUGUAGCUGCAGCCUACAGUUCCUCCAGAAUUUCCCUUGUAUUGAAAUAUUAAACAUAUUUUUGGUUCAAUAUUAGGAACUAGUCAUGCUAGUUAUUGUUACCAAACAGAUUUGAUAAGGUGGCUAUUUAAAAUCCAUAGAAGUGUGAAGUUCUGACAUGAUUGAAAUGAAAGUGAGUCAGAGUAAUUUUGAUAAACUGUAUGCUACAGCAAGCUCCCAGUUUCUUAUUCCAAUUGAAGAAAAAAAAAUUAAAACAAUUCCUGUAUCAGAACUUCUAAAUUAACCUUCUGAAAAAUCAGUUGCUUCAAAGCAGUAUCCAAAUCAUAACAUACAGCAAUCAAACAGAAUAUUUUAGUGAUCCUCUUAUUGGGAGCAACCUGUUAUUCUGCCUUACACCAUGCCUUUCCUACCCUGGAGGGAAUGGUCUAGCACCAGUCUAGAGACAAUAGCACAUCCUAGGAUCUCAGAGGUGGAACUGAACCACAACAGAACAUGAAACAGUUUUCCAAACUAGAAAAGCCCUUGCCCCAAGUAUUUUUAAUCCACAUAUUUCAGAACAUGUCAGACAAUUGAUUAGCAAUCUGUUGCUGAAGUGAUGUAUUUAUCUGAUGCAUGGUUUCACUUAGCAGCUACAACACGUACAGCAAAGAGUUGAAAAAAAAAUGAACUGGAACUCUAUACAACAUCUUUUAUUCAAAACAGAUGUAUUACUUGGUAUAUGUUUAACAUUCUCCUCAUAAUCCCAACUUGAUCCUUAACCAUCAUGCAUUAGAAUGUUGCUUUUAAAGAAGAUGAAAAUGGGCUGCUAAAAUGCUGCCCAUAUAAUCUGAAUUAUUUUCAGCCCUGUUGUUAAAGCUUAGAGAUAAAAUUCUCUUUUGAACUAAGGUUGAAGGCAUUGUGUUUGAUAUAUUGGUAUAAUUCCUGCAAUAUAAAUACUCAUAAAUUAAGUUAGUGGUAUGGUAUGAUUUCCUGUAAUCUGUUUCCAGAAUCAAUAUUUUAUUGAAUGAACUUCUUAUUUUAACUUCUCACUUACUGACCCAGUGGUGCAGCUGCAAUAUGUGCUUGAUCGCUCACUCUCCUUUAUUUUUUUUAAACAGACCUGACUCUGCAGCAGUGUAGAUGGGGCAGGUUUUUAGAAGAAUUGCACUUAAUAUUGUGUGGAAAGAGAUUGAAAAUAACACUAUCAUGCCCUAAUGUAGAGGCUCCCCUCUUAACAUCCUGUAGUAAUUUAGAAAAUGGCUAUGUAAUGUUACUCCCAUUCUAUGGGCAGGAAGACUGGAGCCAUAAUUAUUUCCUUCUUAAAGGAUGCUUGACUUUAAGCACCUCCUCUUAUAUUUACUUUUCUAAAUGUGGAUUUUAUUUUUAAAAAUCCUUUAUACAUAGCAACUGUCAUUUAGUUAACUACCUAAGAUUUAUUGCAAGCUUCUGCCAAUGAGUGUGUGACCUCAUGCACAGCAAAAGAUUGUUAAUUCUGAGCAGGUAGAAUUAUCUCACCUUUUGGGAAUGUGCUAAUGAAGAUGCUCAGCAGUGGCUUUGGUGGCUGGGGUCCAUUGGCACGUGAUAGCUCAGCCUUCUGCUCUGGCUUUUAGCCCUCGUGACUUCCUGGGCAAGCCAAAUUUCAAGCAGUGGGAUUGCCAUGUGCUGCUCUGGUUUUAGCCUCUUUCACUUUGCAUUACAGUAGCAAUGAAUUAUUUAUUAUUAGUAAUCAUAUUAGUAGGGUUAACCCUUUUGCUGUAUAUUCUCCCCAGCAGGCAGUCUUUGAUCUGCUUCUGAGGCAGAGGUAGUGACAAAGACAGAUGGCAAUUUGAAAUUGUUCCCUUGGUUGACUUUUGACAAAACUGUGGCUGCAGAGAAGCAGAUUUGUGCGCAUUCUUCCCGUCACUUAUGGGCAAACUGAGAAUGAACAAGGUUUAAGUUGAAGCCUUUAUAGAAGCAGCCUUAAUACUCUAACUUGCACAUUCUGGUCUGUAGGUUUAUAGGGGGAUAAUGCUGCCAUAAAAGUCCAAGACAGCACAGAUAUUCUGCCAACCUAUUUGCAGACCUGAUCCUGAGAAAUCCCCUCAAAACUGGAUAUUGACCUCAUGUGAGGAAGAUAUGAACCUCAUCCCUAGCCCCAGUUCCCAUGGUAGACUUGUCCAGCAUCACUCUGGAUGUUUCCAAAGAAUGUCAACUCCAUGAAGACUGGUGCCAUUCUCCAGUGGAGAUUAAAAUGGCAUUUGUGAGAUCUGAUGCUUCAGAGGGCAGCUGUGUAGUGCUACAGCAAGAAGGAAACCAGCCUCUAAAAGAUACCACUGUAAGAAAAAAGCAAGGAAAAGCCCAGUCCUGGAAACAAAACAGAACCAAAAAGUGUGGAAGUCUGGUGAAACAAUGAUUUGGAGCUGAAUAAUAUUAUAUCAGGUCUGUAUGCUUUUAAUAAAUAGUUGGAAAGUCUUCCAUGAGAAGUUUCUGUUCAGUUUUAUCUCAGGGACAGAAGUUGCUCUUUCCCUCUAUAAAGAGCUGAACUUCCUGAGCUGGCACAUAUUGGAAGUUUUUUUUCACUGGCACAGGAAGCUUUUUUUUUUUUUUUUUU